UGUUAUCCUGCUAAAAGACCAUCUUUGACCUCAUUCCUCAGAAAAAACAACAGCAUGGGCAUCAGGACACAGUUGCAGGACCGACUGACAGAGUAUGUUGAGGAUACACUCCGUUACAUCAAGACCGUGAGGGACUUCUGUGACCAAGAAGAAGAAUGGAGCUCUGAGAGAAAGGCAGAGAUUAAGAAGAUGAGCGACAUCAAUGAAAAUCAGCAGGAGGAGAAGCUGGACGCCGUCCUCGCAGACACGUUAAUGGGGCUGAAGAAACUUGAGGACUUCCUGGAUGCAGUGGAGAAGCUAACAGUGACCUCACGCCAUGUCUUCAGUGAACAGAUCUUCCUGCUGAGGGGAGAGAGCCCUGAAAUUUUGUAGUCAGUCAUCAUAGCUGCAGGAACAGAUGCUCAUCUCCUCAUCCACUUUAAGAGAAAUGCAGAAACCUUCUUCCGUCCUAUACUCCAGAAUGUGAAUGUCUUGGUCUUUCAGCUAGACUGCUAUGUACUCAACGCAGAACAGCUUUGUCGGAGAAUAAGACAGAGUUCAUUCUCGUCUGGAGACAUCUCCAAACAUAAAAUGGAUCAACCUUUAGUGCAGCUCAUUUUGACCGCAAGUGAGAACACCAUGAAUGAAAUGCUUCAUCAUUUGAACCAGUUGUGUGACAUCAGGAAGGACCAGAACACCCGGCUGGCGUUCCUUUUUCAGGAAAACGCUCAGAAAUUCAUUGACUUGUUCAGUGAACAUCGCUCUAGAAUGUGGCAGUUCCUGUCCGAUCUGGAGGAGACGGCAGUUAAGCUGAAUGAGAUGAAGACGGGGGCCAGUAUAUCUACUGUGGCUGGUAGUUCAGUGGGGAUAUUCGGGGGGAUCUUGUCUAUUUCUGGCCUUAUUCUUGCCCCUUUCACUGGAGGAGUAUCUUUGGGCUUAACUCUGGCAGGGGCCGGUCUGGGGGGCAUCAGUGCAGUCAACAGUCUUGUAACAGGGGUCACUGAAAUGGCAGUCAACAGUCACCAUGAGCACAAUGCACAAAGUUAUUUAAAGGGUUACCAGGAUGAUAUGAGAGACAUUGUACGCUGUCUGAAAGAAGUGGCCAAUAGUGAAAGACCUUUAGUGCGGCCUAGUGCAGUUGAUGUUGAGAAUGUGUUAAACGUGACUAAAGGAGUGGUUGAAGGUGCUGGGGAUGUGAUGGCUGGAGCUGCAGCUGUUGCUGAGCAUAAAAGUAAAAAUGUAAUUACAGCAGCAACCGAGAUCACAGUGACGGGCUUAGAUGACACACCGCAGGUGGCUAUCAACCUGUCUGAGGCAGGGCAGCUGGCAAGAGCGGAAACACUGUUUAUCACAAAGUCUGUUAGAGUUGCAUCUGGCAUAUUAAAUGUAUUGUUUAUUGGCGUGGAUGGCUAUCUUCUUACCAAAGAAAGUAUAAGUCUUCAUAAAGGUAACGAGAGCGAGGUCUCUCAGCUCAUCCGCUCCAGGGCAGUUCUGUGGAAAUCUGAGCUGGACACCUGGGAGAAAAUUCACAAAUCCUUAUGCAUAGGAAUAAAGACGAUUAGCGAGAGUAAGGAUACUUUGGAGAAACCAUUUCUUCCUUAGAUAGAAAUGUGCAUGAAAGGACAUUUAUUAAAAUGAUACAUAUAUUACAUUUAAUUAUACCACGGGGCUGUUGAAUGCUUCAUUCUGUUUGGCUGAUGAACGUUCUAAGGGUGUGCGUUAUUUUUCAGUUAAAUGCUGAUAGAUCGGAGUAGAAACAUAAAUCUGUUUCUUGUUUUAUUUUAUUAUUCUAUUUCAUUUAUCUCAUUUAUUACAUUAUUACAUUUAUUACUAUUUCCAUUAUGCAUUUAUAACAUUUCAUUUAUCAUAUAUAUAUUCAUUCGUUUAUUUUAUCAUUUUAUUAUUCACUUUUAUUCUUUUUAUUUGACACAUUUUGUCCUUAUUUUUAAUACUGUUUAAUCAUCUGUUGGGUGUUGUAUUGUCUCUUAUGCUGAUAUGAUUCUCCAAUGGUCUCCAUCUCAAGGUUCAUAAUAACAUGACGAGACAAUGUUUUGAUACUGUAAUCUUGCAUGGUUAAUGACACCUAUUGAAUCUGUUUCUAGUCCGACGAAGUUGGACAGAGCUAGACUGAGCAUUGAAGCCCAACUGAUAUUAUUCAAUAAACCAUCUUUCAUUGUAUUCAACAUCA